AUGGUGACUGCGACCGCAACAGCGACCAAGCCCUGGCUAGUCCAAAAGUACGGUGGCACCAGUUUAGGAAAGUUGCUAGAGACUAUUUGCUGCAACAUCAUCCCGCGGUAUAGCGCCGAGAACAAUCUCAUCGUCGUCUGUUCGGCCUUAUCUGGAACGGUCAAGGCGAGUGGGACAACAAGUCUGUUGCUGCAGUGCAUAUCGUGCGCCGAGCUAGGAGUUGAUUCGCAGAAACGGUUGAUAGAUCUGGUGGGCCUGAUAAAAGAUAACCACUUGAAAGUGUUGGCGGCGUUUUCAAGCUCCCCUGGACGGGAUACUUCUCAUUUCGAAGACAUCGUAUCGGAUAUUAAGAAGGAAUGCGAAGGUCUUAAGAGGUUUCUGCUCGCUGCACAGAUUAUUGGAGAAUUAUCGCCGCGAUCUAAAGACCGCGUCAUCUCCCUGGGAGAGAAGCUUUCGUGCAUGAUAGUCGCGGCUUGCCUAACAAGCAUAGGGACCCCAGCGAAAGCGGUUUUCUUAGAUAACAUAAUAUCAUCUGCCUUUGGCAAUUCUGUUCAUGACCAAGUGGCUGCACUCGAGAGGUUAGGCCCAAAGUUCUACCAUGUCUUGGCCGACCAAAUAUCUGAGCGCAUCCGGGAUUGUGGAAACACAAUCCCUAUCGUAACUGGAUUCUUUGGCAUAAUGCCCGACUCGCUUCUUCAGACAGUCGGAAGGGGAUAUUCGGAUCUUUGCGCAGCUAUGUGCGCAGUGGGUGUAGCGGCGGAAGAACUACAAAUAUGGAAGGAAGUCGACGGCAUAUUCACAGCAGAUCCGAGAAAAGUGCCUUCGGCGCGGCUGUUAUCAACAGUAACGGAUGAAGAGGCGACGGAGCUAACGUACUAUGGGAGUGAAGUUAUCCAUCCAUUAACAAUGGACCAAAUUCGGGAAGCCUGCAUACCGCUACGGCUGAAGAAUGUCUUCAAGCCACUAGGACAUGGUACCAUCAUAUAUCCCUCAACAACUAACAAUACUCCGAUAAGUCCAGCGAGUACAUCAUCCGAUGAGUCGGAUAGCUCCUCGCCUCGGAUUACUCCGCUGUCAAGCUUCAUGUUGAAGAACGGAUACCAUGGAACGGAGCAAGAGCGAAGGAGACCCACUGCCGUGACAGUUAAAGAUGACAUUCUUCUUAUCAAUGUCGUCUGCAAUCGGAACACCAAAUCUCAAGGCUUCUUGACGCAAGUGUUUGACCGUCUAGAGCGGAACAGGAUCCCUGCAGACCUAGUAGCCACAAGCGAAAGACACGUGAGCCUCGCAGUACAGUCCCCGGCAAACCCUAGCGCACUGUUGCGACUCAAAGAAGAGCUCGAGCGGUUCGGCCAAGUUGGUAUCUCACCUAAUAUGUCUAUCGUGACGGUUGUUGGUCAUAAAAUGCGUAAUAUGGUCGGAGUAUCCAAUGAGAUCCUUUCAGCGCUGGCUUCAGCUCAGAUAAGCAUCUACUUGAUAAGCCAAGGCGCGAGCAAGAUCAACAUAUCGCUGGUGGUGGGGGCGGACGACGCGCUCGCGGCGAUGAAUGCGAUACACAGUGAAGUGCUUAAGAUCCCGACACAUAGGGAACAAGAGAAUCGGUUCAUUCCAGGACCGUGGUUAUACUGA